CCCAGGCGCGUUCCCAGCGCAUGCCUCUUGUAGCGGGUGGAGGGAGGUAAAAAAAAAAAGGAAGAAGAUGAUGAUGAUGAUGAUGAUCCUCUCCGGCCGCGCUGUGCGCCUCUUUUCGGGGACACGGGUUCGAUUCCCCCUGGGGGUCAACUAAACGCCCGUGCUCGCUGCCGCUUCUGUGCCGCCUUUGACGCGCCAUCAGAUCCAGCCACCGAGGCGCACCCCCUCCCAACCUCACCCACUUUCACGCCGUCCCUUUGAUUUAUGGACAUCACAAGCUCCGACUGACCGCAAGCCCAGCGAGCCAAGAUGGAGGCGGCCAUGGAGAGGGAGUGCAGCGCCCUGGGGGGGCUCUUCCAGACCGUCAUAGGCGACAUGAAGGGCAGUUAUCCUGUCUGGGAAGACUUCAUCAGCAAAGCAAGCAAGCUGCAGUCACAGCUGAGGACGACGGUGGUGGCGGUCGCAGCCUUCCUGGACACCUUCCAGAAGGUGGCCGACAUGGCGACCGGCAGUCGAGGGGCGACGAGAGACAUCGGCUCAGCCCUCACCAGAAUGUGCAUGAGGCACCGCAGCAUCGAGGCCAGACUCCGCCAGUUCUCCACGCUGUUUGUGGACUGCCUGAUCAACCCCCUCCAGGAGCAGAUGGAGGAGUGGAAAAGAGUCGCCAACACCCUGGACAAGGACCACGCCAAAGAGUACAAGAAGGCUCGCCAGGAGAUCAAGAAGAGGUCGUCGGACACACUGAAGCUUCAGAAGAAGGCAAAGAAAGCGGAUGUAUUUGGCCGCGGAGACCUCCAGCCGCAGUUGGACAGCGCCAAGCAGGACGUCAGCGACAAGUACCUCCUGCUGGAAGACGCGGAGAAGCAGGCGGUGAGGAGAGCGCUGGUGGAGGAGAGGGGUCGCUUCUGCUGCUUGGUGUCCAUGCUGCGGCCCGUCGUGGAGGAAGAGAUGUCCAUGCUUGGAGAGAUCACUCACCUUCAGACUCUGACUGACGACCUGAAGAUGUUAACCAUGGACCCCCACAAGCUGCCCCCUUCCAGCGAGCAGGUGAUUGUUGACCUUAAAGCCUCAGAGUGCACAUGGUCCUAUCAGACUCCGCCCUCUUCCCCGAGCACCACCGUGUCCAGGAAGUCCAGCAUGUGCAGCAGCCUGAACAGCGUCAACAGCAGCGACUCCCGCUCCAGCGGCUCCCACUGCCACUCCCCCACCUCCCACUUCCGUUACCGCUCGUCCUCGUCCUCGGCGCUCCCGCUGCAGACGCCCGCCCGCCUGUCUUCGGUCUCCUCUCACGACUCCGGCUUCAUCUCCCAGGAUGCCUCCCAGUCCAAAUCUCCCUCCCCCAUGCCUCCGGAGCAGUUACAGCUGUCAAACGGUUUUGACCAUCACGCUGCCUCCUGGCUGUAUGGUGUAGUACUACAGGACACCCCCCUCCACCUGCCCUAUUUCACCUCCACCGCCGCCUCACCCAUGUCCCCGCCCUCCUCUUCGUCUGUGUCUCGCGUCCGGUGCUCCUCCAUGAUCUCAUCAUCUAGAGUCCCAUCCUGGAAGGACUGGUCCAAGCCGGGCCCCUAUGACCAGCAUGUGCUCAGCACCUUGAAGCGGAGCAAGGAGAGACGGGAAGUGGGUGCUGAUGUCACCACUCCAGGGGAAGAGCUACAAGGAGUCAAAGGAAGCCCCUCUCUCACAUCACCAAAGGAGGACAGGGCGGCGCAUGAGGAGCUAGCUAAGGCGCUGGCCCGCAGUCUCCACCUGGACUUCCAUGGCUCCAGCAGGGACUCCCUGCAGGGCUCCAGCGGCUACAGCAGUCAGACCAACACACCGUGCUGCUCCGAGGACGCCGCCCCCUCGCAAGACUGCGACUACUUCUCGGUGGGGGCAGAUCAGGAGGCCGACCAGCAGAAUGCCGACUUGGAAAAGGCCCUCGGUGUCCCGCGGCCCGGAGAUGGCGGUCCAUCGUGCCGCCGCAUGUUCCAGUCCAAACGUACCGCGUCCACCUGCGUGCCCCCCAGCAUCUCUGCGGUCAUCCCGCCAGGGGUGGCGACCAUUCGUCGAACGCCAUCCUCCAAGCCCAACCUCAGACGUCCGUCGCAGGGCCUCUCUUUGGGGCCCAUCCCCAUCAAGCCCCCAAUGGUCCCGGUCAAGACCCCCACUGUGCCGGAGCAUUCCGGGUUCCCCAGCAGCAGGCCGUCAGAGGACGGAGGCACCCCACGUACACCCCUUAGCCCCCCAAAGACCCCCCUCUCGUCAGGGAGCAGCGGACCAUUUUCCCCUCACUUGGAUCUUUGGGAUUUGCGGCACCGGGGCGGGGGAUCCAACCCACCUACGCCACCGCCGCAGACAGGACGGUGCUCCGAGAUGGAGCGGCGUCCUCUCCCGGAGCUGCUUGAGGAGAGCGAACACGUUGAAGGCGUGGAAGAUUUCCUGGUGGCGAUCCGGCGCGGUGUCAAGCUGAAGAAAACCAAAACGAACGACCGCUCGGCACCGAGGGUCUACUGAAGCCCCGUCUGAUGGCGGCCAUUUUGCUGUACAAAUAGUUUAGGAGCAAACAAAGCGACACACAAUAACACUUUUGAAUAUGCUGCAGCUGUUCCUGUCGGUGCACUGAGGACAAAUCGAGUCACAUAUUUUUCCUGUUUGCGAUGCCGACUGAAGCACUUCUCCCUUUAAGAGGAUGAGUCGGACAUGUUGGUUCCGCUCUGAGGAUCGUUACCUGUUUGUGCCAAACGUGAGCAAAGUGUGCCUCACACGAGUCGUGUGGCUCAAAUGCGUCAAUCACUCUUUGAAUGUUUUCUUUUGCACGCUCCCGCUUCAAGUGCCAAAAGCGCCGAUACUUGGUCGUAUUUUUAUGAGUUUGGCCUCGAAAGACUUCAAGCUAAAAGUGUUUGUACAAUUAAGAAGCGCUAGCAUGUUGUUGCUCUUUGUACAGCCACCAAGCAGGAUGUUGUACAAAAACAUUUCCAGUGUUUCAAUGUCAUCUGCACUCUGACUUACUAUUGUUUGUACGUUCAUUUGCUCCCAGUAUGUCAAUUACUAUAAAUCAAAUCAGAUGCAAUAUGAUGAUAUAUUAUUAGUAAGAGGCUGUUGGGGAAACACUGACAUGAGACUAAAUGGCCCUAAAAGUCCAUCCAUGUUCUACCGCUUGUCCCUCUCAGGGUCGCGGGGGGUGCUGGAGCCUAUCUCAGCUGCAUUUUGGCGGAAGGCGGGGUACACCCAGGACAAAUCGCCACCUCAUUGCAGGGCAAACACAGAUAGUCAUAAAAUGCAAAUAUUUAGCUGACAUAACACCCUCUGGUGGACAUGUAUGGAGGCAGUUUCUGUAUGCUGGAUAACGACAAUGAAGAAUGCACAGCUAGCAUAGCAUUUAGAAUAUUUUGUGUUUUUUGUGCGAUACGUCAUUGUUUAUUUGAUGCUUUUCUCUUGUUUAUAGUGUCCAGUAAGUGCAUAUCGUCUCCUAACAGGCUUCUGUGGUCAUUGACCCACAAGAAGAAAUUGUGGUUUAUGACAUUUGAAAAUUGAUGGUUCUUUCACAAAUGUACUUUUCCAGCGAGACUCGCAUACUUAAAACCUUAAAGAUGCAGGUGGAUUAAUGCUGCUAAAACCAAUUCAAUGCCGUAGGUCAACAAAUGCGAGGCCAGUGUUUCUCAAGUAGUGGAGAGCAGCAGGGGAUAGUCUAAUUAAUUACUCUCUAAUAUUCAUGUUAGCCUGCGUCUUGGUGGCAGCAGUGCUUCAUCUAAUCAACAAGCUCUUAUACAGGAAGUCUUGAACAUAGCUAGCGAAGAAGUUUGUGACGGGAAUGAAAAGAAAAAAGGCAUAAAACUAACUCACAUUGCCCUGUAAAGAUUAAUAAAAAGAAUAAAGUUCUCAGUAAUAAGUCAAUUCAGGGGGGUCAUGACAGGAAAUAAUUGAGAGCCAGCAGGCACAAGACAUUGAUACAUUGAUUGUGGCGAAGUUGGUAGAGUGGCCGUGCCAGCAAUCGGAGGGUUGCUGGUUACUGGGGUUCAAUCCCCACCUUCUACCAUCUUAGUCACGUCCGUUGUGUCCUUGGGCAAGACACUUCACCCUUGCUCCUGAUGGGUGCUGGUAGCGCCUUGCAUGGCAGCUCCCUCCAUCAGUGUGUGAAUGUGUGUGUGAAUGGGUGAAUGUGGAAAUACUGUCAAAGCGCUUUGAGUACCUUUAAGGUAGAAAAGCGCUAUACAAGUAUAACCCAUUUAUCAUUAUCAUUAUACGGACAUGUCCUCUAAAACUGACUUCAAAACAACGUUGCAAAAUAAUUGUAUUUGUAUAUUGAGACAUUGACAACAUUGCAUCGACCUUGUUGGUUGGGAAAUUACCAAAUUUCAAUGUUCAAAUCAACGAUACAACCUGACUUUGUAUAAACGUUGUUAAAAGGUAUGUUGUUUCAACGUUGUAUUUAUGUUGUAAAAUAUUUGUUGAAAAAUGACCAAAAUUCAAUGGUCUAAAUAACGUCCGAACCCGACAUUGGACAAACGUCGUCAAAAAGCAUAUUUUUCCAAGGUCAGAACCUAAACCCAACAAGUUAUCAACGUUGUUUACAUUUCUUGUGCCUGCUGGGGAAGCACUGAGCUAAGCCAGGGGUUCUUAACUUUGUUGAACUCAGAGCUCUACUUUUCCACUAGAGGGCGUUCUGGUCCCACACAAAUAUUAACACUGAAUUUGUAAUCUUACUCUUAAUUUUAAUCCUAUUCAAUAAUUAGAUUUUACCUUUUUACAGUUUAACAUGACAUGAAACCAUGUGUUAUUCACACAGAUUAUUAUCAAGGCUAAGUAAGGUUAGGCUGACAACAAAAAAUGCUUAUCAGAUAUAAUGCAAACGAAGGGACUCAUAAAAACUGAUGAAAAAUACAUUUACAUACAAUUUUAACUAAAAUGAUCAAUGAUUCUAAUAUUAAUGUGUUUCUUAAAUAAACUAAUAAACUGUCACUAAAAAAUACACCACUUUAUUCAUAAUUUUUGCGCUAAAGAAACUGCUCUGUGACUUUAGCUCCAGACUUCUUCUGUGUGUCUGAUCUUGUCAUUACUGCCAAAAGUGGUGGAAAAGUGUAUCAAAACUGAGAACCACUGUGGUCCGUAGAAACAGAUAAUUUUUGGCGGCCCUCUAGGGGGUGCUCCUGUCUUAUGGUUAAGAAACACUGUGCUAAGCUAUCUGAACAAAAUAUUUAGCUUUGUGUUAUAGGUGAGAGAGCAAAGUAGCGUUACAUCAAACAUAUAAAGUAAAUAACUAGAUUUGUUUUUAGAAUAUGUUGAGGGCUAAUAAUAAAAACAAGCUGAUGGCUGUGACCUAAUUAUUUGAGUUAUAGCUCAGCAACAUCAAUUAUUGGAACGAUGUCUUUUAAAAGUGCUACAAACGUAGACUAUGACCUUCUUGACCCUUGUUAAUCGUUGCAAACUAACUUGUGUUAGCGUUACCAGCUAAUCUACACAACUGUUUCUGGGACGCUGUUGAUAUGUUGUAUGUAUUCACUCUCAUGUUGAGGUGCAUUUCUUUGGAGCUUUGAGAAUACAUUACAUGACAAGUGUUGUCCUUUUUUUUUUGCUCAAGAACAUUUAGUACUGUUUCUGCUGGACCAAAAGACAUUUUAGGUGUGCAGCUGGUUCUUGUUUUACUAGAAAGUGGGAUAGCAGUUUGAUGGCUGAAUGAUCACUCUACUCUGUCAUGUGGCUGAUGCACUGAGCAGAUGAAGCCCAAUGGCGGCCAGAAAUAAAUGACACUUGUCCAAUCCGGCGUGUGAUUGCGGUUUGUCGGUGAUCUCCAGCAAGUUUCCAAGCAGCGGCUUGCUGUCUUAGAGUUUAACGGAGAAGGUAGUAGAAUCCCCAGCCCAACACAAGCCCAGCAGUUAAGACCAGAGCGAGAUUGAUCUCGGAGCACCUGCAGUAUAGUUUCCAUGCGGGCGAUGGCUCCGCCAGCCGGUCCACCUUGUUGGAGAUGGCGCGGAUGCGGGCUCCGAUCUCGCGCAGGCUCUGUCGCAGGUCGUCCAGGUCCAUUUGGGUCUGCCUCCUGAUCUCCGGGAUCAUUUGGUAGAGAGUCACGUUGACCUGCUGGCGGUUCCUGGUGACCUCAAACAGGUAUGGUGUAGUAAAGUGACAGUAAGCUGAUGGCUGUGACCUAAUUAUUUGAGUUAUAGCUCAGCAACAUCAAUUAGUGGAACGAUGUGUUUUAAAAGUGCUACAAACGUAGACUAUGACCUUCUUGACCGUUGUUAAUCGUCGCAAACUAACUUGUGUUAGCGUUACGAGCUAAUCUACACAACUGUUUCUGGGACGCUGUUGAUAUGUUGUAUGUAUUCACUCUCAUGUUGAGGUGCAUUUCUUUGGAGCUUUGAGAAUACAUUUACAUGACAAGUGUUGUCCUUUUUUUUUUGCUCAAGAACAUUUAGUACUGUUUCUGCUGGACCAAAAUACAUUUUAGAUGUGCAGCUGGUUCUUGUUUUACUAGAAAGUGGGAUAGCAGUUUGAUGGCUGAAUGAUCACUCUACUCUGUCAUGUGGCUGAUGCAUUGAGCAGAUAAAGCCCAAUGGCGGCCAGAAAUAAAUGACACUUGUCCAAUCCGGCGUGUGAUUGCGGUUUGUCUGUGAUCUCCAGCAAGUUUCCAAGCAGCGGCUUGCUGUCUUAGAGUUUAAAGGAGAAGGUAGUAGAAUCCCCAGCCCAACACAAGCCCAGCAGUUAAGACCAGAGCGAGAUUGAUCUCGGAGCAGUUGCAGUAUAGUUUCCAUGCGGGCGAUGGCUCCGCCAGCCGGUCCACCUUGUUGGAGAUGGCGCGGAUGCGGGCUCCGAUCUCGCGCAGGCUCUGUCGCAGGUCGUCCAGGUCCAUUUGGGUCUGCCUCCUGAUCUCCAGGAUCAUUUGGUAGAGAGUCACGUUGACCUGCUGGCGGUUCCUGGUGACCUCAAACAGGUAUGGUGUAGUAAAGUGACAGUAAGCUGAUGGCUGUGGCCUAAUUAUUUGAGUUAUAGCUCAGCAACAUCAAUUAGUGGAACGAUGUGUUUUAAAAGUGCUACAAACGUAGACUAUGACCUUCUUGACCGUUGUUAAUCGUCGCAAACUAACUUGUGUUAGCGUUACGAGCUAAUCUACACAACUGUUUCUGGGACGCUGUUGAUAUGUUGUAUGCAUUCACUCACACGUUGAGGUGCAUUUCUUUGGAGCUUUGAGAAUACAUUACAUGACAAGUGUUGUCCUUUUUUUUUUGCUCAAGAACAUUUAGUACUGUUUCUGCUGGACCAAAAGACAUUUUAGAUGUGCAGCUGGUUCUUGUUUUACUAGAAAGUGGGAUAGCAGUUUGAUGGCUGAAUGAUCACUCUACUCUGUCAUGUGGCUGAUGCAUUGAGCAGAUGAAGCCCAAUGGCGGACAGAAAUAAAUGACACUUGUCCAAUCCGGCGUGUGAUUGCGGUUUGUCUGUGAUCUCCAGCAAGUUUCCAAGCAGCGGCUUGCUGUCUUAGAGUUUAAAGGAGAAGGUAGUAGAAUCCCCAGCCCAACACAAGCCCAGCAGUUAAGACCAGAGCGAGAUUGAUCUCGGAGCAGUUGCAGUAUAGUUUCCAUGCGGGCGAUGGCUCCGCCAGCCGGUCCACCUUGUUGGAGAUGGCGCGGAUGCGGGCUCCGAUCUCGCGCAGGCUCUGUCGCAGGUCGUCCAGGUCCAUUUGGGUCUGCCUCC